AUGGCGGCGGAGCUGCAUCCGUGCAGCGGAAAGCUGAUCGGCCUUUCCAACUCCAACCGGACCGCCCGGAGAAACCAGCCGGUCCAAGAGUUCAACCACGGGCUGGUGUUGAGCAAGGAGCCUUUGAAGGACCGGGAUGUCUUCACUGUCCGCAUUGACAAGAAGGUAAACUCGUGGAGCGGUUCUAUUGAAAUAGGUGUGACCGCUCUGGAUCCAGCUGCGCUGGACUUCCCCAGCAGUGCCACAGGACUAAAGGGAGGCUCAUGGAUUGUGUCAGGCUGCUCCGUGCUACGAGACGGGCGCUCUGUUUUGGAAGAAUACGGGCGGGACCUGGAUCAGUUAUCCGAGGGGGACCGUGUGGGCAUUCAGCGCAACUCUCGAGGAGAGCUCCACCUCUGGGUGAACGAGCAGGACUGUGGCACAGCGGCCAGUGGAUUACCAUCUAAACUCUGGGCUGUGGUGGACUUGUACGGAAAGUGUACGCAAGUGACUGUGGUGAGCUGUGAGCCGCCUCCAGCCUGUGCUGAGAGAGAGACUGUGGAGCUGGACGAGGAUGAGGAAGAGGAAGAGGAGGUGGUAGUGUGUGGCACACGUGAAGAUGCUGGGAUCACGGCACUGAUGAAUGUGGCAGCAAUUAAUGGAUUAAUGAAUGGAGACGAAGGUAGAAAAGUGCCUGAGCUUUGCUGCAACAGACCAGACAAGUUUCCCAACAACCUUGAGCCCGAAACAGUUUUAACAGAGCACCAGCUUUUUGAUGUGUUCAACAACGCCAUAGUAUCGUUUUACCGCUCCGAGGAUGAAGGCGGAGGGGAGGACGGAGGUGGAGGAGGUGUUGAUGGGGGCAGCGGAGGUGGCAGAGCGGGACACACAGGCAGCGAGUCGUCCUCUAGAAAUGAGCGAGGGAGCAGCAGUGGAGGAACAGCCAACAGUGACAGUGGCUCCACGGGAGGAGGCGGAGACGGGGGCAGUGCAAACAACAGCCCUGCGGGGAAUGGGGGGACAGCACCUGCAGCUGUGACAGGAGCCAUGACCACCAACGAUGCACUGCUGUUCCACGAGAAGUGUGGGACUCUGAUCAAACUGAGCAACAACAACAAGACGGCAGAACGCAGGAGGCCAUUGGAUGAGUUCAACAAUGGAGUAGUCAUGACCAACCGACCGCUCAGGCACAAUGAAAUGUUUGAGAUACGUAUUGACAAGUUGGUGGACAAAUGGUCCGGAUCCAUUGAAAUCGGUGUAACCACGCACAAUCCAAAUAAUCUCGACUAUCCUGCUACUAUGACUAAUCUGCGCUCAGGAACAAUCAUGAUGAGUGGCUGUGGAAUACUUACAAAUGGAAAAGGAACACGUCGGGAAUACUGUGAAUUUAGCCUUGAUGAACUUCAGGAAGGAGAUCAUAUUGGCCUAAUGCGUAAGGCUAGUGGAGCGCUGCAUUUUUAUAUCAAUGGCAUAGAUCAAGGUGUUGCAGCAGCCCAGACUCCAGGUGUGGUCUAUGGUGUGGUGGACCUCUAUGGUAUGGCUGUCAAAGUCACUAUUGUCCACAACCACAACCACAGUGACCGCCUGCGACGUAAUAAUGCCAUUAUGAGGGCAUUAUCACCUGAUGUAGGCCGACCCAGACCUGCCUUGGCCCUCACUCCAGACACUGAGGCACCUGACCGUCUGCUGUUUCACCCAAAUUGUGGCCAAAAAGCUGCCAUCAUCAGUGACGGAAGAACAGCAUUACGGCCGUAUGCGAUUGAUGACUUCAACCAUGGUGUGGUGCUAAGCAACCGGCCUCUACGCUCUAAUGAGGUCUUUCAAGUGCGAAUUGAUAAAAUGGUCGACAAAUGGGCAGGGUCUAUUGAAAUUGGCGUCACAACACAUAAUCCCGUCUACCUUCAGCUGCCCUCUACUAUGACCAACUUGCGUUCAGGGACAUGGAUGAUGACCGGGAAUGGUGUGAUGCACAACGGGACAACAAUUUUGGAUGAAUAUGGGCACAACUUGGACAGACUAAAAGCAGGUGAUACAGUUGGUGUUGUGCGAAAAGAAGAUGGUAGCCUUCACUUCUUUGUAAAUGGAGUGCCUCAAGGCCCAGCAGCCUGGAAUGUACCCCCCAGUGUGUACGCAGUGGUGGACCUCUAUGGUCAGGCGGCUCAGGCCACUAUUAUGGAUGACAUGGUUGACCUCCCACCUCUCCCAGAGGACAGCUCGGACGGGCCGACCGCCUUGUCUCCUGGAAGCCCCUGCUCCAUUGCUGGAGCCACCACCAGUGAUCUUCGCUUUCACACGCUUCAUGGUAAUAAUGCCGUCAUCACCAAUGGGGGUCGCACUGCCCUUCGCCAGAACAGCCGCAGCGAGUUCAAUGAUGCCAUCGUCAUUUCCAACAGGUGCCUUCGUGAUGGAGAACUUUUUGAAAUUGUUAUUCAAAAAAUGGUGGACCGCUGGUCGGGCUCUAUAGAAGCUGGAGUGACGGCCAUCAGGCCAGAAGAAUUGGAGUUUCCGAACACAAUGACUGAUAUUGAUUAUGACACCUGGAUGCUCAGUGGGACUGCCAUUAUGCAAGAUGGAAAUACAAUGCGCAACAACUACGGCUGUGACCUGGACUCUCUCACGUCAGCGUCUCGCAUUGGGAUGAUGCGUACAGCCACUGGAGACCUUCACUACUACAUCAACGGCGUAGACCAGGGAGUGGCUUGUUCUGGUCUUCCUUCAGAGGUGUUUGCUGUGAUUGACUUGUACGGUCAGUGUGUUCAAGUGUCCAUCACCAGCUCUUCAGGUCCUCUGGACAACAGUCUGUGCAGCAACGUCACAGAGAACAGCUUCCCCAUCCACUACCCAGUAGCAGGUGUUGCACAUCGGUUUCACAGCAAACAUGGUAAAAACGUGAUUCUACUUGGUGAGGGCUGGCAGGCCAUCAGAGUCGGAGGCUAUUCACAUGGAAUUGUGUUCAGUGCAAAGGAGCUGAAAACCGAUGAGUUGUUUGAGGUGAGGAUUGAUGUAAUAGACGAGCAGUGGAGCGGUUCACUGCACAUAGGGCUCACAACUCUCGCGCCCCCGGAUCUCCCGUCCUGCCCCCUGUCAGGACUCUCCCCCUCCCUCCCACAACUUAGGACCAAAGUCACAUGGCUGCUGAGCGGCAAUGAAGUCAAACGAAACGGUGUCUUACAACGGCAGAACUAUGGCUGUUCACUGGACAGGCUCACUGUUGGAAACCGCGUCGGCGUCAAAAGGUGCAGCGAUGACACAAUGCAUAUUUUUAUUGACGGUGAAGACAUGGGCCCAGCUGCCACUGCUGUCGCCAAGAACGUGUAUGCCGUGUUGGACCUGUACGGAAAGAUCACUGCUGUUUGCAUCGUUAGCUCCUCGCUCACAGAAGACUCCGAGAGCGUAAAGGCGCCGUCUUUGUCAUCGGACAGCUGCAGCGAAGGGGAAGAGGACAUCAGUCCUGUGAGAGAGGUGGAGAGCGAGCCUGGUCCACUGCCCACUUUCAUGACCUUUCUUGAGAAUCAUGGAAAAAACAUCCAACUGACCAACCAGAGCCUGUCCGCCUCCCGGGUGUCCAGCUACAACCAAGGCCUGCUGGUCACCGCUCAGCCGCUGCCACGGCAACAACUCUUUCAGUUUCAGAUCGACCGCUUGAACCCGUCAUGGACAUCUUCGCUGUCGCUAGGCGUAAUAGGCCACGCCCCUGACCGUCUGAACUUCCCUUCUACCGCCUGCUGUCUAAAGCGGUCUACGUGGCUGCUCCAAAGAGACUCGGUCUUCCACAACUCAUUAAAGAUAUGUGAAAACUACGGUCCAAACCUCGACACAUGUCCAGAAGGGACUGUGUUGGGCUUGCUCGUGGAUGCUAACAAUUGUUUACAUCUAUACGUCAAUGGAAUGGACCAGGGAGUGGCAGCGCAGGACAUCCCCUCACCCUGCUACCCCAUCAUCGACCUCUACGGCCAGUGUGAACAGGUCACCAUAGUAACAAACAACGUGCCAACUGUUGGGGGGGAGAGCGGAGAGGCGCGCUGUCAGGGGGACAUGGAGAAGGCCGACAUGGUUGAUGGAAUCAAAGAGAGUGUGUGCUGGACGCCACCUCCUGAAGUCAACCCCAAUAAGACGUGUGAAUACCAGGCCCUGUGCUCCCGCUUCAAGGACCUCCUCACUCUCCCAGAUGGGUAUUUCAGUGAAGACGCCAAGUACAAUCUGUGCUACUGCGAGUCGUGUCAUAAGCUCCGCGGCGAUGAAGCGUAUUACAAAAGAGGAGAGCCUCCGAGGGACUACGCCCUGCCCUUUGGCUGGUGCCGCUUCGCCCUUAGGAUAAAAUCAAACUGUGAGGCUUCAAAUGCGCUGAAAAAGUGGCAUAUUGCGUACCACGGCACUAGCGUUGGUGCUUUGCGGCGAACGCUGGACCAUAACCAGUUGCUGUCUAGUGCAUCCUCUGUGUUUUCAGUGUCUCCUGUUAAAACAGAAGGCCCCAACGACUACAGUGAGCCGGACGAGAACAGCGCUCCGGGCAGAGAGGUCCCCAGGGUGCGCCUCUCCCCGACUAUGCGCUACUCUGGCCUAGAGAUCUUUGCUCCUAAAGUGCAAUUUGAAGACCCGCGAUCGCACCACUGUCACCAGGCGCAGGUGGGCUUCCAGGUCUGCGUGCGGCCUGGCUCUUACAAAGUAGGGCCUCAGACGGUCAGCCAGAGCGAGCCGCUGGAUCCGCGAUUCAGCAACACGGAGAUCGAGUGGAUCACGAAAGAACAAGGCGGGACGAUGCUCUAUGGACUGCUCGUACGAGUCGAAUGA